CGCGCUCUCUCCUCCUCGCAGAGCCGGCCCUCGCGGCUUCCCUGCGUGAGCAUGGCGGCUCGGGGGCGCGGGGCCGCCCUGCGACUCUGCGCCACAGUUAUUUUGCUUGAUAUGGUGCUCAGUAAAGGAUUUGUAGAAGAUUUGGAUGAAUCGUUUAAAGAGAAUCGAAAAGAUGAUAUUUGGCUUGUAGAUUUUUAUGCACCGUGGUGUGGCCAUUGUAAAAAACUGGAACCGAUUUGGAAUGAAGUUGGUCUUGAGAUGAAAAGCAUUGGGUCGCCAGUUAAAGUUGGAAAGAUGGAUGCUACUUCCUAUUCUAGCAUUGCUUCAGAGUUUGGAGUUCGAGGUUAUCCAACAAUUAAGCUAUUAAAGGGGGACUUGGCAUAUAAUUAUAGAGGACCACGAACUAAAGAUGAUAUUAUUGAGUUUGCACACAGAGUGUCUGGGGCUCUCAUUCGGCCACUUCCAAGCCAGCAAAUGUUUGAACAUGUGCGGAAGAGACAUCGUGUAUUUUUUGUUUAUAUAGGUGGAGAGUCACCUUUGAAGGAGAAAUACAUAGAUGCAGCAUCAGAAUUAAUUGUGUACACGUACUUCUUUUCAGCUUCAGAAGAAGUGGUUCCUGAGUAUGUCACCUUGAAAGAAAUGCCUGCUGUGCUUGUUUUCAAAGACGAAACCUACUUUGUUUAUGAUGAGUACGAAGAUGGUGAUCUGUCUUCUUGGAUCAACAGGGAGAGAUUUCAGAAUUACCUUGCUAUGGAUGGAUUCCUGUUGUAUGAACUUGGAGACACUGGAAAGCUUGUGGCUAUUGCAGUUAUUGAUGAGAAAAAUACAUCAGCUGAACAUACCAGAUUAAAGUCAAUUAUUAAGGAAGUUGCUAGCAAUUACAGAGACCAGUUCCACAGGGAUCUUCAGUUUGGCCAUAUGGAUGGAAAUGACUAUAUCAAUACCUUGCUGAUGGAUGAGUUGACGAUUCCAACAGUCGUCGUCCUGAACACGUCCAACCAGCAGUACUUCGUGCUGGACAGACAGCUCAGGAACGCCGAAGAUAUGGUCCAGUUCAUUAACAGCGUCCUGGAUGGCACAGUAGAGGCCCAAGGAGGUGAUAGCAUUUUGCAGAGAUUGAAAAGAAUAGUAUUUGAUGCCAAAUCUACUAUUGUGUCCAUAUUCAAGAGCUCGCCACUCAUGGGCUGCUUCCUCUUCGGCCUGCCACUGGGCGUCAUCAGCAUCAUGUGCUACGGGAUCUACACGGCCGACACGGACGGGGGGUACAUAGAAGAACGGUACGAAGUGUCCAAGAGUGAGGUUGAAAACCACGUGCCGGCAGCAGAGAGCAGGGACCCGCAGGGGCCAGGAGACGCGCCGGUGCCCGCGGCGCAGGAACCCAAGGACGCGCUGGAGAAGAAGCAGGACUGAGCAGGGCCGGUGCCAGUGUUUGCUUGAAUUUCCCAUUAUCAGAGCCUAUUUAUUGAAUUUAGACAUUUAAUCAUGAUCUUUACAGAAGAGGACAUGUUAUUUGUAUUUUGCUAAUAUCAAGUGCAUGGAUUAAAGUAGUCCUGCCGUGAGUGGGGAGUUGUGUGGAGCGAGAGGUGAGGUGCUUGUGUAAAACAAGAGAACAAACUCAGAGCACUGCGUCAGCUUACCUGUAGAUGUCAUUAGAUCAGUUCUGUUUGCAUGUUUCUCUACCUGAAUAUUCUGUGACAAAAUGGAGAUCUUUGGGCAGAAUAUUUAAGUUGGCCAGUCAGGCAGCAGGCAGAUACGGUUUGAUGUAGAAAAGUGCAACCUCCACCUCCUACCAUCCAUUCUCAUCACGUAUUUUGGAUAACAUUUAUAUGGACAAAUUAAGUCUUUAAAAUUUAGGCACUUUAAGGAAAAUGAGUAAAUUUUCCACAGGUCAGAUUAAGAUGACAAGAAUAAAGAUAAUUUGGUUUUAUAUAGCAUAGCAAUUUUAUUUUGUUAGUCGUUUUUAAAGGAGAAGAUACAUUAAUUUUUAAUUUUAUACUCAGUUGCAUUGUUACCAAUUUUCCUAUGGCCCUGUACAGUGAGGGAGAAUAGUCUCACGUCUGAUCUUUGCAACGUCUAAGGGUUUCCCCAGAGCGGUGAGCUGGCCCCGGGCCUCUCCCCAGGCAUCUCAGCCUUCUCGGCCGCGUCCUCGCGAGGGCCUCUUCCUCCCGCCCUGCUUGAGCCACCACAGCCGGCUUUUCUCUUUUAUAUCUAGGGGUUUCCUCUAUCAGUUUCCUUUGAUUAAAAAGCUCCUGCUGUUUUUUAAAAAGUAAUGUAUAUCCUAGUUUUAUGUUGAUGGUAUAGUCACUUAUGAUCUGACGUGUGCGUGCAUGUAAACAGAGUUUACUGACAUUUGUCUGUUACAUCAUAUGACGGGCACGUCCGUAUUCACAGUUAGUCAUGAGUGAUGGGACCGGCCUGUCAGCGAGCAUGCAUGCCCAGCGUUAAAGCAUCUCCGGUUACCUUCUCCAGCCUCACAGUUCUGUCACCCACUUCAGCCAGCGACCCUUCGUUGUCUGUCUAUAAAGAAGCGACGUGCAAAUUCCACCCCAAGUGAUGUACAGACUGGGGUGUUUCUUAAGUGACAGUUUGCAAUGAUUGUUGUAGAGUAGUUUAUAUUGAGCUGAGUCUAGGAUUGUUAUGAGGUGACUGUUAUUAUUUGGCUGAUUAUUUGAGUAGUUGAGUUACCCAAUGUAAGGGAUUUUAUUAAAAUUUUAAAAGGUUUAAUCACUUUAAAAAUAUGUCUCUCGUGGCCCUGAUACUGCAGUGCUGAGGGCUUUGUUCCCAGAGGGCAGCCUUUGUUUAUUUUUGAUGCCAGGUUGAUUGAAACUGCACUGAAACUCCUGAGUCCUGUGCUGAGGAAUCGUCGGUGGCUUUCACUGUGUCCAUGUGCUCUUCUCUGCAAUGAUUCAUCCUCACACGUCACGUCUGCCACCCGCUGCGCUGCUUGCUGCGUGCAGUCACAGGGGCUUUCAGGAAAUGGAGUAGGAUGUUCUUAAAUGGAAGUUGGAGAGAAAGUGUCCACAGUAGACUGCUUUCCAGGGAGGAGCGAGCGACGCUGUGGGGAGAUGAGUGGACGCUGUGGGGAGAUGAGUGGUGGGUCGGAGCCAGGCUGGCGUCUCCGCAGGGCAGGGCUGAGGCCAGCAGGGUGCCCUCGGCCUCAGGCUCGUAGCGUGGUGUGGCCAGUGAUGGGAGUGGCCUGGGAAGAGCCAUUGCAUUUUCUUCAGAUUCCUCAGCUCAGGUGCCCCUCACCGCCUUUUCUUGUCUCUUGUCACAUCAGCGGAAGAGCCGCCCCAGGGGCAGAAAGCAGGCGUGCUUCAGCAGCGGAGUCCAGUGGCGGCCUCGCCUUCUGCCAUUUUCUGGUCUGUGAGUUAACGUCUGGGUCUCCGUCGUCUCUUCCACAGUUCUGCACUGUUGCGCGGUGGCCUGUGUUUUCAGAAUGUCUGAUGGGGACACAAGGUGUGAGGAUGGUUUCUAAGUGAUUUAUUUCAUAUUAAGGCUUUGCUUUUUACUUGUUUCUAUUUGAGGAUGUCGUCACAUUUCUUGCAGAUUUAAAAUAUUUGCUCACGGGUGUGCUUUGCCUUCAGUGUGACAGCAGAGCUGGGGAGGAAAGCUCCCUCCAAAAUCAGUUUCUUAAUCUAGUCGGAAAGUGUCGGUGUUCCUCUAAUUCCAUGCUGCCUCUCGAGGCCGCGCGCUGAUGGGGGACCGCCCUUCAGCCAGCUGGAGAUGCCUUAUGCCUUGUCUUUGAGUUGUGACAUAGUUCGACUUGCACAGUAACUCCUAAAACCCAGAAUUCUGCGCGCUUGCUGUUGCUGAAUCUGGUGCUCAGACAUUAUUUAAAGAUAUUCCAAGGAGAGAAAGCACAUAUUUUUAUCAAGCCGUGCAACCCAUUAUUGGUGGCGCUGCUUUUUGUUCGUUUCAUGGGCUAUGAUACCGUCUGCCUAGCUUCUGUUGUCUGAAACUUGUCUGAGGUGUUACACCUGUAAUUUUUGUUUUCUUCCUCUCAUGUCGAGUCAGAUGUCUGAUUUAGAAACGGGAUUAAGAGCCAAGAUGUCUUGAGGUUGAAGAAUGGGUCUGUAUGAAAAAUUAACUGCGUUGUUUUUGUUGAGUGAAUUUUCUGGUCUUGGUUCUGGUCUUGUGUUUGGUUCAGGGGCUUUUUUAGUUUGGAUUUCGCAAAAAAGUAAUUUAAGUACUUUCAUCGUUGCUUCAUAUGCUAUGGAGGUUGGACAGGGGAAAAAAUCACUGAGCUCUUCUUAUGCAGAAAUUGGUCAAAUAAACCAGUGCUGGGUGUUAGGACUAGCAGUUGGUGGGACUAGGUUUGCCAUUUAUUUUUAUAAAUAUAUAUUUUUUCUGAAUGGGUCCGAGUCCAAGAGUGGGCAACAAAUAAUUUUCUACUUUGGACUAAUCUAUAAAGGUUUUUGAAAGUCUGUAUUACUCACUUGUUGAAUUCAUGAGAUCUUGCCUAUGGCACCAACUGUAAGCCUUUGUUUUCUAAAAUGAAUAAAUUGAAAACAUUU